AGAACCUCCUACUGAUGUAGAACAACAGCGGUGGAGCAGCGUUGUGUUGUCUGUCCUCAUGGUGUGUGUGCGUGGGUUAGUAAGUCACCAGUGUGACUGCUAGGAUUUGUCAGUAGAUAAAUCGUCUCUCAAAGCGCCGGUCAUUCGCCAUAAGAGUUUGGAAGAGACAAUGUUUCUGUGUCGAGGACGAAGGUCUGUUGUUCCUUCAUCAUUUAGUUUCGGUAACUUAGCUGGUUCGGUGCAGGUUGCAACAAACACACCACAGGACGCCAUCUGGUCAUUACAUAACUCCAGCAUUAUUUCCGGCUGUCAGGUCCGUGCCAGAGGAGCAAUGAAUGUGUUUAAUUUAAGCCUGCGUGGUGUCAUGAUACAGGGCGAACCUGGGAACACUAACAUGUAUAAAUAUCCUGCUUGGACGGCCUACGAAUCGGUUUCAAGGUUUGGCUUCAUUUUGCCUUUUUCGUGGAGGAGCAAAGAUGGUUUUACGAACGAACGACUAAAUUCACCGAAAAGCUUUUUUUGUCUUGGUCCCCAAACGUGUAUCAUUCGCUCAAGUGCGUCACCAAACGCUCAAAAACAGCAUGAAGCCGAUUGGACGAAGGGGGAAGAAGCCGCACAGGUUAACAAGGUAAUGCUUUCUAAGAGCCCACAUGGAGGAGCUGAAAAACCAGAGCCUGAGGAAAAGCAAAAUAAAACAAAACAGCUGAAGAAGGUUUUUCAGGAAUAUGGUGCUGUUGGUGUUUCAUUUCACAUUGGAAUAUCUUUAAUUUCUCUUGGAAUUUUCUACAUUGCUGUGUCUAGUGGGAUCAACAUGACUGAUGUCCUUUGCAAGCUGGGCUUCAGUGAAUCCGUAAUUCAGUCAAAGAUGGCUGCAGGCACUAGCACAUUUGUGCUAGCUUAUGCUGUUCACAAACUCUUUGCUCCAUUUCGGAUCAGCAUCACUCUUGUGUCUGUACCACUCAUAGUGCGAUAUCUUCGGAAAACAGGUCUCUUCAAAUCCUUACCACCUCGUCUGUGAACAAGCAAUUUUGUUUUAUUUGCAUUCUUUAUUAUGCUUGUAUGCAUUUGUCUGUGUAUUCAACCAAGAAUUUGAAAAAUAAUAAUCUGAGGUAAGGUUAACUAAAUUAUAUAAUCUGUCUUUAAAUUUGUCUUAUAUAUACUUUUGUACAAUGAAUAAAAAGACUUAUGUUUUGGGGUGAAAAUUUCUUCUUCUUUUUAUCAAUAAUAAUAAUAAUAAUAAUAAUAAUAAUAAUAAUAAUAAUAAUGUUAUAUGAAUUGAAUCCCAGUGGGCAAUAUGGGGAUAUGAACUAAAAUGACAGACCCUGAAGCCCUAAGGUUUUCUGUGAAUCUGUGAAGGCACUCAAGAGUAAAUAGGGUUUUUGAGUAAGUAAGGCUCCAUAUUCCUUGACACGUGGUGGCCAAAUUGUUUAUACAGUACAUAUCAAAAAUUGUUUUUGAUAAUUACUAUGGUUGAGGAAGUAGGAGUAGGUAAAUGGUUCUUGAAGUGAUGUUAGGUAGCUUGGAAGAACACAAGGGCUCAGUGUAAAGAUUUGUUUUGCUUGCGGACUCAUCAUUUAUAAGAUAUGGUCCAAAAUGUAAACACUUGUACUCUAGUAACACCAUUUGGCUAAUUAAAAAAAAUAAAAAAUGACA